AGAAGCGCUCAGAGCGCUCCACGGUGUAGAUCUGGAAAAGGGAAGGGAACAGUCGGUAGCCAUCUUACUUAGGACCAAAAUAUAAAAUAUAAGGCUACUAAGGCAACCGACAACAGAGGUCCCUGGGAUAUCGCCUCCGGAGACUUCCGGUCACCGUUGGCGGCCUGAACAGAGUCGUGGUGGCAACUUAAAGACUGUUCCUGCUCACAAAGCGGCGUGCCGAGGAAGGACGCGUCUCUUUGAAUAGACAGGAUGCACGGACCGCCCUCCGGCGACAGCGCAUGCCCAUUGCGCACGAUCAAGAGAGUUCAGUUCGGCAUCAUCAGCCCAGAUGAACUUAAACGGAUGUCCGUUACAGAAGGGGGAAUCAAGUACCCCGAAACAACAGAAGGUGGACGUCCUAAACUUGGUGGCCUUAUGGACCCAAGACAAGGGGUCAUAGAGAGAUCUGGAAGAUGUCAGACAUGUGCAGGCAACAUGACAGAAUGUCCGGGCCACUUUGGGCACAUAGAGCUGGCAAAGCCGGUUUUCCACGUCGGCUUCGUGUCGAAGAUAAUGAAGGUUCUUCGAUGCGUCUGCUUUUUUUGCUCCAAGCUGUUAGUGGAUUCUAACAAUCCAAAGAUCAAAGACAUCCUGGUGAAAUCUAAAGGACAGCCACGGAAGCGUUUGACACACGUGUAUGAGCUGUGCAAAGGUAAAAACAUCUGCGAAGGAGGAGAAGAGAUGGACAACAAAUUUGGUAUGGAGCAGCAGGAGACAGAGGAGGACAUUACAAAGGAAAAGGGCCACGGUGGAUGUGGGCGCUACCAGCCAAGCAUCAGGCGCUCUGGCUUGGAGCUGUUCGCAGAGUGGAAGCACGUCAACGAGGAUUCACAGGAAAAGAAAAUCCUGCUGAGCCCAGAGCGUGUCCACGAGAUCUUCAAGCGCAUCUCAGAUGAAGAAGACGUCAUCUUGGGCAUGGACCCCAAGUUUUCCCGACCAGAGUGGAUGAUCGUGACGGUGUUGCCGGUUCCACCUCUGGCGGUGAGGCCGGCUGUCGUCAUGCAAGGCUCUGCUCGCAACCAGGAUGACUUGACCCACAAGCUUGCUGACAUCGUCAAGAUCAACAACCAGCUGAGACGAAACGAGCAGAGUGGUGCUGCCGCUCACGUCAUAGCUGAAGACGUCAAACUGCUCCAGUUUCACGUUGCCACCAUGGUGGACAACGAGUUACCGGGCCUUCCUAGGGCGAUGCAAAAGUCAGGCCGCCCUCUCAAAUCCAUAAAACAGCGUCUAAAGGGGAAGGAGGGUCGAGUCCGAGGUAACCUGAUGGGAAAGCGUGUGGACUUCUCAGCCCGAACUGUCAUCACCCCAGACCCAAACCUACAAAUCGACCAAGUUGGCGUACCACGAUCCAUCGCAGCCAACAUGACCUUCCCAGAAAUCGUCACACCCUUUAACAUCGACAGACUACAAGAGCUGGUGAGACGAGGCAACAGCCAGUACCCAGGAGCGAAAUACAUCAUCCGCGACAACGGAGACAGAAUUGACCUGCGAUUCCACCCCAAACCAAGUGACCUUCAUCUACAGAUCGGCUACAAGGUGGAAAGACACAUGUGCGACGGAGACAUCGUCAUCUUCAACAGACAGCCUACACUACAUAAAAUGUCCAUGAUGGGGCACAGGGUGCGGAUUCUGCCGUGGUCCACAUUUCGACUCAACCUCAGUGUCACCACCCCAUACAACGCUGACUUUGACGGGGAUGAGAUGAACCUCCACCUGCCUCAGUCUCUGGAGACGAGAGCAGAGAUCCAGGAGCUGGCCAUGGUCCCCCGUAUGAUUGUCACACCCCAGUCCAACAGACCCGUCAUGGGUAUUGUGCAGGACACGCUCACAGCGGUCCGCAAAUUCACCAAAAGAGACGUCUUCUUAGAGAGGGGUGAAGUCAUGAACCUCCUCAUGUUCCUCUCCACAUGGGACGGGAAAGUGCCUCAGCCAGCCAUCCUGAAGCCGCGCCCUCUGUGGACGGGGAAACAGAUCUUCAGCUUAAUCGUUCCUGGACACAUCAAUGUGAUCCGCACACACAGCACCCACCCCGACGAGGAAGACAGCGGGCCUUACAAACACAUCUCACCUGGAGACACGAAGGUCAUCGUGGAGAACGGAGAGUUGAUCAUGGGCAUCCUGUGCAAGAAAUCUCUGGGAACAUCAGCUGGCUCCCUCGUCCACAUCUCGUACCUGGAGAUGGGACAUGACAUCACCAGACUCUUCUACUCCAACAUUCAGACUGUGGUCAACAACUGGCUGCUCAUCGAGGGUCAUUCUAUCGGUAUUGGUGACUCCAUUGCUGAUGCCAAGACCUACCUCGACAUCCAGAACACCAUCAAGAAAGCCAAACAGGAUGUGAUAGAGGUCAUCGAGAAGGCUCACAACAACGAGCUGGAGCCCACGCCCGGUAACACCCUGAGGCAGACCUUCGAGAACCAGGUGAACCGAAUCCUCAACGACGCUCGUGACAAAACGGGAUCCUCUGCCCAGAAGUCUCUGUCUGAGUACAACAACUUCAAGUCCAUGGUGGUGGCUGGAUCAAAGGGUUCAAAGAUUAACAUCUCACAGGUUAUUGCCGUGGUGGGGCAGCAGAACGUGGAGGGUAAGCGAAUCCCCUUCGGCUUCAAACACCGCACGCUGCCUCACUUCAUUAAAGAUGAUUACGGCCCUGAGAGCAGAGGCUUCGUGGAGAACUCCUACCUGGCCGGUUUGACACCAACAGAGUUUUUCUUCCACGCUAUGGGAGGCAGAGAGGGUCUGAUUGAUACAGCUGUGAAGACUGCUGAGACCGGUUACAUCCAGCGUCGUCUGAUCAAAUCUAUGGAGUCUGUGAUGGUGAAGUACGACGGCACGGUGCGUAAUUCCAUCAACCAGGUGGUUCAGCUGCGUUACGGAGAGGACGGCUUGGCAGGAGAGAACGUCGAGUUCCAAAACGUGGCCACACUCAAACCCUCACACAAGUCCUUUGAGAAGAAGUUCAGGUUCGAUUGCACCAAUGAGCGAGCACUGAGAAGGACGCUCCAGGAAGACGUGGUCAAAGACGUCCUCACUAACGCCCACGUGCAGAGUGCCUUGGAGCGAGAGUUUGAGAAGAUGAAGGAGGACAGGGAGGUCCUCAGAGCCAUUUUCCCCACCGGUGACAGUAAAGUGGUGCUGCCGUGCAACCUCGCCAGGAUGAUUUGGAACGCUCAGAAGAUCUUCCGCAUCAACACUCGGACGCCGACAGAUCUAAAUCCUCUCAGGGUGGUCGACGGUGUUCAGGAGCUGAGUAAGAAGCUGGUGAUCGUGAACGGCGAAGACCCGCUCAGCCGACAGGCCCAGCAGAACGCCACCCUCCUCUUCAACAUCCACCUGCGCUCCACGCUCUGCUCCAGACGCAUGACCGAAGAGUUCCGCCUGUCCACAGAGGCCUAUGACUGGCUGCUUGGAGAGAUCGAGACCAAAUUCAACCAGUCCAUCGCUCACCCAGGUGAAAUGGUCGGCGCUCUGGCUGCUCAGUCGCUGGGAGAGCCUGCCACCCAGAUGACCCUGAACACUUUCCAUUACGCCGGUGUGUCGGCCAAGAACGUAACGCUGGGUGUGCCUCGUCUGAAGGAGUUGAUCAACAUCUCCAAGAGGCCAAAAACCCCCUCGCUGACUGUUUUCCUGCUGGGUCAGGCUGCACGCGACGCUGAGAGGGCAAAGGACAUCCUCUGUCGUCUGGAGCACACUACACUGAGAAAGGUGACAGCCAACACCGCCAUCUACUACGACCCCAACCCCCAGAACACGGUGGUGGCCGAGGACCAGGAGUGGGUGAAUGUCUACUAUGAGAUGCCUGACUUUGACGUGACUCGCAUCUCACCGUGGCUGCUUCGUAUCGAGCUCGACCGCAAACACAUGACUGACCGCAAGCUGACCAUGGAGCAGAUCGCAGAAAAGAUCAACACAGGUUUCGGAGAUGAUCUCAACUGUAUCUUCAAUGACGACAACGCUGAGAAGCUCGUCCUGCGGAUCAGGAUCAUGAACAGCGAUGAGAACAAGUUCCAAGAGGAUGAAGAGGUGGUGGACAAAAUGGAUGAUGAUGUGUUCUUGAGAUGCAUUGAGUCCAACAUGCUGACAGACAUGACCCUACAGGGCAUUGAACAGAUCAGCAAGGUGUACAUGCACUUGCCCCAGACUGACAAUAAGAAGAAGAUCAUCAUCACCGAGGAGGGUGAGUUUAAGGCCCUGCAGGAGUGGAUCUUGGAGACAGACGGAGUCAGCCUCAUGAGGGUCCUCAGUGAGAAAGACGUCGAUCCAGUCAGGACAACUUCCAACGACAUCGUGGAGAUCUUUACGGUCCUGGGAAUUGAGGCCGUCAGAAAGGCUCUGGAGAGGGAGUUGUACCACGUCAUCUCCUUUGACGGUUCCUACGUCAACUACCGUCACUUGGCUCUGCUUUGCGACACCAUGACGUGCCGCGGUCACCUGAUGGCCAUCACACGUCACGGCAUUAACCGGCAAGACACAGGGCCGCUCAUGAAGUGUUCCUUUGAGGAGACGGUGGAUGUGUUGAUGGAGGCGUCAUCCCACGGUGAAAGCGACCCCAUGAAGGGCGUGUCAGAGAACAUCAUGCUCGGUCAGCUCGCUCCAGCUGGUACCGGCUGCUUUGACCUGCUGUUGGAUGCUGAGAAGUGUAAAUAUGGCAUGGAGAUUCCUACCAACAUACCUGGAAUCAGCGUGGCAGGACCCACUGGAAUGUUCUUCGGAACAGUGCCAAGUCCCAUGAGUGGAAUGUCACCUGCCAUGACCCCAUGGAACACCGGAGCAACCCCGGCUUAUGGUGCCUGGUCUCCUAGUGUCGGGAGCGGCAUGACUCCUGGAGCAGCAGGUUUCUCUCCCAGUGCAGCAUCAGAUGCAAGUGGCUUCUCUCCAGGCUACUCCCCAGCCUGGUCUCCAACUCCUGGGUCUCCAGGAUCUCCAGGACCUGCAAGCCCAUAUAUCCCAUCUCCAGGUGGAGCAAUGUCACCAAACUACUCGCCCACCUCCCCUGCCUAUGAGCCUCGCUCUCCCGGUGGCUACACCCCACAAAGCCCGGGCUACUCUCCAACGUCUCCAUCCUACUCCCCCACUUCUCCCUCUUACUCCCCCACCAGCCCCAACUACAGCCCAACAUCUCCUUCCUACUCCCCCACCUCGCCAAGCUAUUCCCCAACCUCUCCGUCAUAUUCGCCCACUUCUCCAUCUUAUUCCCCAACGUCUCCCUCCUACUCCCCCACCUCCCCGUCUUACUCACCCACAUCCCCAUCCUACUCUCCCACCUCACCAAGCUACAGCCCGACGUCGCCGAGCUACAGCCCGACAUCGCCAAGCUACUCACCCACAUCACCUUCUUAUUCGCCCACCUCCCCCUCUUAUUCUCCAACAUCUCCAUCUUACUCCCCCACCUCCCCGUCCUACUCCCCUACCUCUCCUUCAUACUCCCCGACCAGCCCGAGCUACAGUCCCACAUCGCCGAACUACACCCCAACCUCUCCCAGUUACUCCCCCACCUCUCCCUCCUAUUCCCCAACAUCGCCCUCUUACUCCCCAACCUCCCCCAACUAUACCCCAACCAGCCCCAACUACUCCCCGACUUCUCCCUCUUACUCCCCCACCUCUCCGUCCUACUCGCCUUCCAGUCCGCGUUACACCCCGCAGUCACCCACCUACACACCCAGCUCCCCUUCAUACAGCCCCAGCUCCCCUUCAUACUCCCCGACCUCCCCCAAAUACACCCCAACUUCCCCCUCAUACAGCCCCAGCUCCCCGGAGUACACUCCCACCUCCCCCAAAUACUCCCCCACCUCGCCAAAGUACUCCCCUACAUCACCGAAGUACUCACCUACUUCUCCCACUUACUCCCCAACGACUCCAAAAUACAGCCCCACCUCUCCUACCUACUCGCCUACCUCUCCCACAUACACACCCACCAGCCCCAAAUACUCCCCAACUUCCCCUACCUACUCCCCAACUUCACCCAAAUACUCCCCCACGUCUCCUACGUACUCACCUACUAGUCCUAAAGGCUCCACAUACAGCCCCACAUCCCCGGGAUACAGCCCCACCUCCCCCACCUACAGCCCGGCCAUCAGCCCUGACGACAGUGACGAGGAGAAUAACUGAAGAGCCGCGGAGGAGGAGGGGAGGCGGCUGAAGAAACCCCGUCACCUCACCUGAAGGACAGCACCUUUUAUCCAGCUGGAGGUGGCGGUGCGUCUACCCACAAGGGUCCCGAUUGGUUUUCUUUCUCUUUCGGGACCUCCAGUGUUGAUUAUCUGAGCCCUCCAUCCUCUCUACAAGAAAAAGUUGUUAAAGCUAUUAUGUGGAAGAACUUGAACUGCUUCGCCUGAAGGAAAAAAAAAGGCUGCCUUUUUGAAAUAGUUUCUUUUCUCUUUUUUUUUUUUCACAAGGGGUGUUAGAGCAAAAAACUCCAAAUCCCAAGAGGGGAAUUAAUAGGAGAGGAAGAUGUGGUGAACACAAAACAAGGGAGAAAGUGUCCCUUUUUAACUUUAUAGUGUACAGCAUCCAGUCUCUCUCUCAUUCUCUAAAUGUUGGGUGUGUAGUUGUGGAAAGCGUACAUAUUGCCAAAAGCCUUUUUGAGAAACGGAUUGUAUUCAUCACUAAAGAAAAUCAAGGAGUUAAAGUUUAGACUUUGUUUACUGCAUAUUUCACCAAGGUGUAUCUUUGUUAGACCUUUUGCUGCUUUUGUAAAAACUACAGUUGCUGCCAGUCUUUGGGGCCGUUUCAUGGAUCCAAGAUGGAGCUGUCGGAGGUUAAGACGGAUUAUCUUAAGAAGAAUGUCGAUAGGAGAGAGAAACUGGCUUGCACGAAGGAAAAUGUCACUCAUGAACAUCAUUGAAUUCUUAGGUGUAUGCACCCAUUGCCCUCCCCUGUUUAUCCUUCACACCCCAAAGACAAAAAAAAAAACUCUGAAAGAUGUCAUGACAAACACCCACCAGCAUCCUCUUGUCCUCUACCAUUUUUGGAGACUUGUGCAUCAAACUUUUCCAGAUAGAAUUCUUCCCUUUACACCGGGAAUGAAAAGAUUUAUAUAAAAAGUAAUAAUCAGAAGGAUUAUUCUUUCUCUCAUUUUGAUUCUAGGAGGAAAUGGGGCACAAGUGGAUGAGGGAUAACUAGUUUGGCGUUGCUGCUUCUGUCAUUGUUUGCAUGAGUAGCACAUGUUAAUACAUUUAAUCAAGCUUUAGGUUGAAAUAUUUUCAAAUCCCUCCCACUUGUUGCUAAUCUUUGCCCCAUUUCUGAUAGCUGACAUGUACACAGGUUUAUUUGGACUGUUCAGUUUAUUUAAGAAAAAGUUAACUGCUAUUCUGUGUGAAUAUUAAUAGAAGAAAAUUAAGAAUUUAAAUUUUUUUUUUUUUUGCUUUUCUCUGGUUUGCUUCUGGUGACUUUGUGAAGCUGUUUGCAGGAGGUUCAUGUUCAUAAACUGUGGAUGAAGGGGCAGAGGACGGAGAGGAGUGCUCUAGUUUUUCGCCCUCGUUCUUCACCCAAACAGUCCGAGUUAUUCCAAAACCUGCAACCGCUCUUCUGUACUCACAGUUCCACACAUUGUUGCUUGUGUCAGGGUUAAAGGGCAAAAACAUUCGUCCUAAUUUCAAUCCUCAAAGUUAUUGACACAAAACGGCAAGUUUCCCCUUCGUUGUGGUCUUUUUUCCUCACAGCUGGAACAGCCUCUUCCUUUUGAGUAGAGAUCUCAGAAACGACAGCUUUUUUGGGCAUUUCUGCAAAAAAAAAAAACCUUACCCACUACAUUAGUGUGACUUUUUCUUUCUGUUCGAAUAUGGG